UGCUAUUGGUUAGUUUGAUCUUAACAAGCCAAUCUUAAAUUUUGUAAAAUUGGCGCCAGGUUUUUAACAAGGAAGGUCUGAUAGAGAGCGAGUUCGCAUACCGCAUUAUUUCGCGUUUUUUUGUUUCCCGGGUGGUACAGAAAGUAAUUUUUAUUAUAUCAAAAAAUAUUUCGCUGAGGAACAAUUGCAAAAUGUUUCUUACGGACAUCCGCAAAGAGUUUUACGAUGUUGUUGUGAACCAGAGAGUCGCUCUCUUUGUGUCUUCCGACGUUGACGCAUUAUGUGCUUGCAAAAUAUUGCAAGCCCUGUUUCACUGCGACCACGUUCAGUAUACCCUGGUGCCAGUUACCGGCUGGCAGGACUUGGGAACGGCCUUCCUUGAACACAAGGAGCAGUUCCGAUAUUUUGUAUUGAUAAAUUGCGGGGCCAACGUGGACCUCUUGGAGACUCUACAACCAGAGGAAGAUACGAUCUUCUUCAUCUGCGACACGCACAGACCCGUGGAUGUGGUUAACGUCUAUAACGAUACUCAGAUCAAACUGCUCAUCAAGCAGGACGAUGACCUUGGGAUCCCUGCAUAUGAUGACAUCUUCCGUGAUGAGGAGGAGGAUGCUGAGGACUCUGGUAAUGAGAGUGACAGCAACUCUGAGCCCUCGGGGAAACGGACACGUUUCGAUGAGGGAGCUGUGGAGAGGAGAAUUGAGCGCCAAAGGGCAAAGAGGGAGUGGGAAGCACGCAGGAGGGAAAUUCUGUUUGAUUACGAACAGUAUGAGUACCAUGGAACUUCGUCUGCAAUGGUUAUAUUUGAGCUGUCAUGGGUCAUGACUAAGGACACAAAGGACAUGCUGUGGUGGGCCAUCAUUGGAUUGGCAGAUCAGUGGGUCCAUGAUAAAAUCACCCAUAUGAAGUAUGUGACAGAUAUUGCCACACUACAGCGUCACGUCUCUAGACACAGCCACCACAAUGAAGAUGAGGAGAAUUCUUUAUCUAUCGAUUGCAUGCGGAUCUGCUUCGAAUACGAUCUGCGGCUGUCCCUCUAUCAGCACUGGUCUCUCUAUGAGAGCAUCUGCAACUCCUGUUACACUACUUCCAGUUUCAAGCUGUGGUCCAUGCAUGGGCAGAAAAAACUUCAGGAGUUCCUUGCUGAUAUGGGUCUUCCUCUAAAGCAAGUGAGACAGAAAUUCAAUUCAAUGGAUAUCUCCAUCAAAGAGAACCUGAGGGAUGUCAUAGAAGAAUCUUCUAAUAAAUAUGGCAUGAAGGACAUCCGCAUUCAGACAUUUAGUGUCCACUUCGGCUUCAAGAACAAAUUCUUGGCAGGUGAUGUGGUGCAUGCAGCUGCCGCCCUGCUUGAAAAUGUGGAGAAGGAAGAGAACCCCAGUGAUAACUUCAUCCGGGCGCUUGACAGCCUUUCCAGGAGCAAGUUGGACCAGCUGCACUGUGGUAUUGAGCUGGCCAAGAAGAAGCUCAUAGCCAUUCAGCAGACAGUGGCCAGCUGCAUUUGCACCAACCUCAUUCUGUCUCAGGGCCCCUUUCUCUACUGCUGCCUCAUGGAGGGAACCCCUGAUGUAAAGCUGUUCUCCAAGACUCUGGCCCUAACACUGCUUUGCAAGUACCUGCUAAAAUCCUUUGUUCGUUCAACCAGGAACAAGCGCUGCAAGCUGCUCCCGCUCAUCAUGACGGCCCCAAUGGAUGUGGAGAAGGGCACGGUUAUUGUACUGGGAAUCCCACCAGAGUCUGAGACAUCCGACAAAAAGAAUUUCUUUGGGAGGGCUUUUGAGAAGGCUGCAGAGAGCACUGGCUCCAGAACACUGCAUGACAACUUUGACACAUUCGUUAUCGAGCUGAAGACUGAGGACAGAAGCAAGUUUCUGGAUGCACUCAUUACCUUGCUGUCAUGAGGGUGAUGAAAUUUGAAUGGGAAAACUGCAAAGACCCAAAUGCAGAGCAGACAGCCAAAAUGCCAGAGAAGAAUCAAGGUCGGGGACGGAAGCAGAGGUCAAAUAGCCGAAGGAUCUGUUCUGGGGGUGUGAGGGGAAAGGCAGGCACCCGUGCAGAUACUGGAUGAUUAUUACAAGCAGGCACCCCCUCACUGGGGGUCAGGACUCGCUGGGAAGGGGAUCGGGAAAAACUCAGACAUACAGGGAGAAACGAGGCAGAGAAGUACUGAAGUCACACAUGCCAAAACAAUACAUCAUACUGACUAUACUGGUUCUACCAGUUAUAUACCCCUGGCAGUUACUCGGCCGAAGCACAACAGCUGACAGUAUUGUGGUGAACUUGAGCAAAGCGGGGGGUUGUGACUGCAGAGAGGUCAGCAACAGUACUCAGAGUAAUGAUAAUGAUAUGCGGAUAUGGAUAUUUCAGACUCUUUUGGAAUUUGAUUCCCCUUCGUAACUGGGUUGCAGUUUAUGUAUUUAAACUUGUAUGCUUAUCGGCCUAUUUGUGUAAUUGCCCUUGUAGCUCUAUGAUUCUACAGGAAAUGCUGACGGUGUGCCCCACAGGCUGCAAUACCAGAAUUCUGUGACUGAUCAUAACACAUAGGCAGGGUUGCACCAACAUGGAUUAAAUUAAUCCUGGUUCAGACUCAAUGUGGGGUUGGUAAAUCUAGGUUUAAACUGGUUUAUAAUUAGAGAUGUUUCAUAUACAGUAAAACUGGUCUAAGUUGCCGGCUUGUAACUCAUCAAUGUGCACAACAUUU